GCAACAACUAUCCACCGCAAUCCAAUGGUGUCGCUACGUAACUCGCUGCCAUUGCUGGUAGCACCGAAAUCAUGCAAUGAUGGGGACUUCCGGAAGCCGCGAAUCAGACUGAGUAGAUCCUGCUUCUGCUGUUCCCUUUGUUUCCUUGCUUUCUACUGUUUUCGCAACACGUCUUGGGCGGUUCCAUAUUUACAGCACGUGUGAGGGCCGCAAACACCGCUGAUGUCCACGGUUCUUCUAUUCACUCCUCAUCAACUGACAGCCAACUCAGGACCAGCGUGCUCUUGCUGUCGAUCUUGUUCCAAGGUCAUAGGCUGCUAUGCCUCCACACGCAGUCUGCGAAGACAGUCAGAUGCCACCAGGACCAUCGCAAGCUAACGGUUCGUCACCUGGGGUUCCGACGUGGCCCGAAGUCAGUGGAGCUUCUGUAACCGCAUCAAGCGCGACUACCCAAGCAGACAGAUUGGCAUUCCAUGUCAACGCUCCCAACGUUGUGUACUCCAAUGACGCCGUCGAGGCCAAGUAUAUAUACAGAACAACAGAUGUCCUGAAUGAUAAUGGCCGGCUCACCGCUGUUCCAAAGGAGACUCGUCAUAACUUCCGGACGAGCACGAAAACGUCAAAACUUGGUGUAAUGCUCGUGGGGUGGGGUGGCAACAAUGGCUCUACCAUUACCGCAGGCAUCAUCGCAAACCGGCGGGGCCUGGCUUGGGAGACUCGCCAGGGGCCGCAGGCCGCCAACUACUACGGAUCUGUUGUCAUGAGCUCUACGAUUAAACUUGGCACAGAUGCGCGCACAGGUCAAGACGUCAACAUCCCGCUGCACGAUCUGUUGCCAAUGGUGCACCCCAACCACCUCAUAAUCGGCGGUUGGGACAUUUCGAGCCUCAGUCUGGCAGCAGCCAUGGAUCGCGCCCAAGUUUUGGAGCCCACACUCAAGUCUUUGGUGCGGAAGGAGAUGGCUCAGAUGGUACCUUUGCCAAGCAUCUACUACCCGGACUUCAUCGCAGCCAACCAAGGCGAGCGUGUGGACAAUGCGCACAGGGGAUCGCACGCGUGUCAGGAUCACGUCGAGCUCAUCCGUCACGACAUCCGAAACUUCAAGCGGGUGCAUGACCUCGACAAGGUUAUCGUCCUCUGGACAGCGAACACAGAACGUUACGCCGACGUCAUACCAGGCGUCAACGAUACAGCCGAGAACCUUAUGCGAUCCAUCGAGGAAGGCCACACCGAGAUUGCACCUUCCACCAUCUUCGCCGUAGCCAGCAUUUUGGAGAAUGCACCCUUCAUAAACGGCUCGCCGCAGAACACGUUCGUACCGGGCUGUAUCCAGCUGGCGGAGAAGCACGGCGCGUUCAUCGGCGGCGAUGACUUCAAGUCAGGGCAGACGAAGAUGAAGUCAGCAUUGGUUGAUUUUCUGAUCAGUGCCGGCAUUAAGCUCACAUCCAUCGCCUCGUACAAUCAUCUUGGCAAUAAUGACGGCAUGAACUUGUCGUCACAGAAGCAAUUCCGAAGUAAGGAAAUCAGCAAGUCGAAUGUGGUCGACGAUAUGGUGGCGGCCAACCAUGUGCUGUACAAGGAGGGUGAGCAUCCAGAUCAUUGCGUCGUUAUCAAGUAUGUCCCUGCUGUGGGAGACAACAAACGCGCGCUCGACGAGUACUACGCCGAGAUCUUCCUUGGCGGCCACCAAACCAUCUCCAUCUACAAUGUCUGCGAAGACUCCUUACUAGCGUCGCCUCUCAUCAUCGACCUGGUCCUCAUCACCGAGCUCUUCACGCGCAUCCAGUGGCGUCAAGACGGUGAGCGAGAGUGGAAGGGCUUUCAUUCCGUAUUGAGCGUGUUGUCCUACAUGCUGAAAGCGCCACUAACCCCGCCCGGGACGCCGGUGGUCAACGCGUUGGCUAAGCAGCGCAGUGCUCUCGUCAACAUCAUGAGGGCCUGCGUGGGCCUGGAGCCGGAGAACGAUAUGACGCUUGAGCAUAAGCUGUUCUAAAACGGAUUUUCGAUGAGAUGCGCUACGAGCUAGAAUUCGUCAGCUCCACUCAGCGACCGCUAACCACAGGGCUGCGUUCUAGCAUCCGAAACUACAUGAAAUCGUCCAAGAAGUCCGCAUCCCUGUCCUGAUUGCUCGACAUCGCCGUGUUGUCGUCCGUAUGCAGAUCAUCAUACAUAUGGUCCUUCUGAUACUUGAGCUUCGCUCGAUCCUCCGCAAUACGCGCA